AUGAAUAAAAUAAAUGGAUCAGCAGUUGAUGCCAUAAGCAAUUCUGAAACGCAACUACGAAAACAAGCAAACAGUAACAACCGAGUGAGAAGAGAAGGGAAUUAUAAGAUGAGUAAAAAUUUUAACAUCUCCAAUUAUAACUUAGACCUAAUCAAAUGUUUGCAAAAUGACACAGGAAUUUACUUCAUAUUAGAUCCUUCCAAAGCCAUCAACGAUAAAAAAAAUUCCGAAGCUUAUGAUAUCUUUAUCCCUGAAAACAGUGAGGGUGUUACCUUGCAUGUUCAGAAAGUAAAUGAGGAAUACAAGUGCAUAGGAGUGAGCAUAACGAAGAAGGGCAUUGACAUCAACACUGGCACGCGCAUCUUUAACACGAAGAUUGCCGACUGGCUGGAGCAGCUGUUUCACUUUAACAAGACCUUGGUAGGCGGCAGCCAGCCCAGCGGCAACGCGGGUGCCAGCGCCAGCGCCGCUAACGUCAGCGCUGGCAAUAUCAGCGGGCAUAGCGGCCAAAGCGGCAGCCACAGCAACCGACUCAAACGCGUGAACAGCAACAACUCCGCCACCGCAGAGAGCAACAGCGUCAACGCCUCCCCCACGGCAGUCAUAAACAAUUGCAGCAAGGGCGCGAAUGCGGCCAUCGGCGCCCUGAGCAGCAGCGGUGUUAGCGGUGUUAGCGGUGUUGGCGGUGUUAGCGGUGUUGGCGGUGUUGGCGGUGUUGGCGGCGUCGGCGGUGUUGGCGGCGCCGGCGGCUACAGCAACGCCAGGCAUAUGUCCUCCCCGGGCAUGCAGCAGGGCCCAAUCACCAACCUAGUUAAAAAUCCCAAGAGCAACUUUGAAAACUUUGAAAGUAACGACAGCAGCUACAACCCCACGGUGUGCAACAAGAAGAGCAAUAAAAUGGUAAACCAGUCAAGCUGCAAUUUAAACCAAAGCAACGGCACCAACAAUGUUGUGACGCACAUCGUUCCCUCGACUAACUUAUCUGCUGCUGCUCAGUCGAAGGACAACCUCAGCAACAGUAAUAGUAACAACGCCCCUUCAACGCACCCCCACAUGCAGCAGGUGCAGCACGCCAAGCAAAUCAGGCUAAAUCAGAUGAAUGCCACCCACACGCACAAGUCGCAUCUGCUACCGUACCACGGGGCGAAUUAUGAGGAUAAAAACAGCAAACUGUACAACAGCGUGGGGAAUGCGGCCAGCGGGGGGGCCAAUGUGAGUGGCGCCAACGCCAGUGGUGUGGGCAACAAAAAUGUGCUCAACGGGGCAUCGGCCAAUUUGGGCGCAUCGGGGGUGGUGGGAGCCGGCAACGCGCACGGGUCGGCCAGCCCCAACAGUGAACUCAUGAAGAAUAACAAACUGGGGUGCACGAGUAGGCAGAAAAGCGUCAACCACCAUGUGCAUGGCGGGCACCACCAGCAUAGCAAUCAUCAGCAGCAUGGCAGUCACCACCAGCAUGGCGGUCAUCACCAGCAUGGCAGCCACCACCAACAUAGCAACCACCAACAGCACAACCAACAGUCAAACCACCAACACGGUGGCGACGCCCUGUACAACGCACAGAGCGCGCAAAACGCGCAGAAUUUGCAGAUUGUGCAGAGCGCGCACGCGAACAGUAACCACUCGUAUAAUAACCACAAAUUGCAGCAGCAGUCAUACAAUGAAAACUUCGGCUACCGACCAACCCUAUUCAACUUGCUGGAAGUUCUGGCAAACCAUAACAUCACAACCCCGGAUCAGCGGGUGUGCAUACGGGGGAUAGUCACAGAUUUUUUAAACAACGAAUUGCCCCAUGGGAAGAUAUACGCGUACAUCGGUGCUGUGGUGGGGCACGACAUUCUGCAUGACAUCAUAAGGAAGCUGGAGAAGGACCCCAAUCGAAACGUCGUUCCGGAUGCAUCUGGGUUGGCUCGGAUCGAGGCAGCUUUUGGGUUGAGCAAGUCCUCAUAUGACUUCAUGAACCACAACUCCAACAGCACAAGUGUUAACAACAUUCCGAACGUUUUGUUUAACCACAGAAAUUUGAACAGCGCCCUGCUGAACAAUCAUAUUUACUCGAGCAUCCUCUCCAACGUGGCCAACAGUAACAACAGCGGUAAUAUUAGCGGCAAUGUCAGCGGUAAUAUCAGCGGUAAUAUCAGCGGUAAUAUUAGCGGCAAUAUUAGCGGCAAUAUUAGCGGCAAUAUCAGCGGUAAUAACAGCAGUAAUAACAACGGCAGUGGUAACCAAAGCGGUGGUAACCAAAGCGGUGGUAACCAAAGCGGUGUUGCCUCUGGGCGCGGCGCCGACCGAAUGAACGUCGACAGUGAGAAACUCCUAAGCAAUGUUAAGACGCAGGCCGAUUUAAACAACCUGCUAAAGUACGCCAAGGGAAGCGACAAAUACGCCUUGUCCUGUAACAAUUUGAUUAAUAUGAAUAAGAAGAAAGGGGGUGGUGGACCCCCAGGCAUGAAUAACCUGUUGAAUAUGCGCUCAGAGGGGUCAGGUUAUAACAAUGGUAUGACCCCCGUCGGGGGGAUGAUGAAUCAGAAGGGUGGAGGACUCAGUGCACACGAGUACCUCUGCGUUUCGAGAAAUCUAAACAUGCAGUGUAAUAACCCCCUGACUAAUAGGGGAAGUGCCUCAGAUGAUGAGGAAGAACUCAUGAAGGUGAUUAAGAAGAACAUAGAAACGUAUAAAAUGAAUAACAUUAAGAAUAUGCUCAUAUCGUCCGUCUUCGGCAGAAUCAAGUGGCUCAAAAUAAUGAACGAAUCUCCACAUGCGUAUCUCUACGGACAUAGCAUUGUAAAAUUUGGUAAUAAAUUAUACAUGUUUGGGGGAACAAAUAGUAAGCAUAAGAAAGUGCCAUUCAAUCAUACCCUCACAUUUAGUCUCAUUUAUUAUAAUUAUAAGUUACUCCCUCUUGGUGGGAACUACCCGGAAGAGAGAGAUGGCCACACUGCCCACUUGAUCUCGUUGAAAAGCGGACUUGCUGUAUUCCUCUUCGGAGGUAGUAACGAAAAUACCUACUUUAAUGAUAUUUACACGUUAGAUAUGGAGACCCGCAAAUGGAGCCAGCGAAUUACCAAGGGGAAGAUCCCCCUUCCGAGGGACCAACACUGUUCACUAGUAUACCCAGCGAAAAGUGAACAUGUCCGAGGGGAGAAAAACAACCUAACAGAGGGAGUAAUAAUUUUUGGGGGCAAAUGUCUCUACAAUAAUAAUAUUGUUAACUUGAAUGACAUGUGGAUUUUCCUAUUCCAACUGAACAUGUGGGUCCGAAUCAAUUACUCUAGCCAAGAAUCCCCCAUUGGAAGGUACGGUAUGAAUUUCGUUUGGUCGGACACGAAUACGUUGUGCCUCUUCGGUGGGGAGUACUUUGAUUCGAAUAAGAACUGCCGUGAGAGGAAGUUACUCGACGAUAUGUGGACCUUCCGCCUGAACUCUGCGACUGCCUCGGGAGCGGUCAGCACUGGGGGAGCAGCAGUUGCCAGUAGUAGUACCCCCCUCAGCGCUGCACCAGCUGGUGUUGGCAGCCUGGGCACGUUAGGCAGCGUAGGCGGUAUUAGCAGCGCGGGGGGAGUGCCCACCAGCGGAGGUGCCUGCAGAAAUUUUAUCUACAAUAAUUCGAGUUCCAUGGAGGGCACGCUCUACAACGCGGUGGACAUAAUGCACGCCGAUUCGUUCAACAAUGGGAACGGUGCCCAUGGUGGUGGGAACGUCCACGCGGCGGGUAGCAACAACCACGAGGGGAACGACAAGCAGUUCUAUCGAACCAAUUUGGCGGCCAGUCAGUCCAUAGAUAAGAGCAGCACGUGUGAAAAUUUAAACAGCCUGACGAAUAACGCCCUGGUGGAGAAUGCCCUCCCCAAUGCGUCCUUCAACUUAAGUGAAGAUAAGGACUCCUCCGAUAACGAAAAUGACCACGUGAAUAGCAUCCUGAGGAGGGUGAAGAUAACAGGGGAGUGGAAGAGGGAGGUGUACGAUGGGAAGAUUGGCUGUAGGUCCAAUUACAGUAGCAUCUUCAUAACACAGAGGCACCAGGAUUUUAAGAGCGCAGAGCCGAAGACGAUCGAAAAGCUCAUGCUGCUGUGCAGCGGAAUAACCUAUAUGAAUAAGGAAGGCAAGCUGAAAAUCGUCUCAAGUGACGAAAUUUAUGUGUAUUUUUUUUCCCAAAAGAGGUGGUACUUACUAAGGGGCAAACUCUACAAUGAGGAGUUCAUUUACAAUGCUAGACAGCGACACGUGGGUUGCUUCUUCGAAUCGAAGAAUGUGCUUGGAAGGGCCAACAAAAAUCCCGUGCCGUGUAUAUUCAUCCAGGGGGGGUUCAAAAAGAACUCCAUUUUUGGGGACGCCUGGUUGUUAUCCCUCACGGGGGACAAUCCCCUUAGAAUUCAUGAGUAUGACACUUCGAGGGAGAAAAUAUCCACCACGCAGAUGCCACUCUACUACUUUAGGGACACCCAUUCGAUUAGCCUCCUCUACAGCUUUUGCACUCUGCAGAAAUGGCUGUUCGGUGCGUUUGCCAAUUUGGUGGACAAUUGCGUACACGCUUUGAAUCCAGCUGAAAAUGUUUUCAUCAAAUAUGAGUUGACACCUGAGCAUGAUGGGAUGCUGUCCAUCCAGGAUGAUGGGGAGGGACUCGACUUCAACGCCAUGAAUAGGAUUCUCCGCCUCUACGGAAAUUACCGCAACUACGAAAGCAACAGUUUGUAUAAUGAGACCGGCAUGGGCGCGAGUGUGAAGAGGCACAACUUCCCCAACACGGACUUUGUCAGUAGCAACCGAAUUGAGGACUACGAUGAGGGUGGCGGUGCUGGAGGUGCUAGCGGUGGUAGUGGUAGUGGCAGCGGUGGUGGUAGUGGCGACGGCGCCACCGCGGAGGGGACCCACCAGGAGGGCGCCGCGGGGGAGAGCAGUAACAACCCCGCCGGGGAAGAAGCGCAGGCGACGAAGAACAACAGUGAAGCCGCCUCCCCCCCCGAGGGGGAUAACCAAAGGAGGAAAAAAAAAUGCUCCUUCAAUGACGAGUAUUACCAUAAGAAUUAUGACCAGGAGUAUUUCUACAAUGAAAAUGCAAAUGGCAUUUUUGAUAUAAAAUACGGGGUAGGGUUUAAAAUGUCCUUUGCUCGUAUUUCCUCCAGCUGUGCCAUCAUGUCUAGGACCAUUAACACCAUCGGGAUUGGGUUGCUCUCUCUGGAACUAAUGAACCACUGUGAUGCGAAGGAGCUAGCCACCCCCCUGUGCAUGUGGAAGCUACCCAAUAAAGAAUUAAUAAACAGGAACAUCGCCAACAAGUCGGAGCACAGGCACCAUCAGAAGCUGCUCAUGUCGUAUACGCCUUUCAAUAGCCCCAGCCUGCUCGCCGAACAGAUUAACAUCCUCGGCACGUAUAGCGGCACCAGGCUGCUCUACUGGGAUUUUAGGGACGACAUGGACUUCAUCGUCUUCUCCCCCGCGAAUAAUAACAUCUACCUCAGCAGCUCCCCCCUCAGCAUGGACGAGAUUAAGUGCGGCAAGAAGAAGAGAAGCGCGGCAAACGGCACGGCCAACUGCGCAGCCAACGGGGCGGACGCCGCGAGAAAGCUGCCCUGCGUAGAGGACAUCAAGCUGAGCAACAGGGAAGUUAAGCGCAAGGCGCAGUUUGUUCCCCCCGAGGAGGAGAAGGAGAAAUGCAAACGGAGCAAAGUCGACCCUGGUGUGAGUAAACUGCAUGUUGCUAAUGAGGGGGCGGCUGCAGAUGGGGAGAAGGACGAACAGGCGGCCCAGGUGGGAGAGAAGAACGGCACACCGCUCAUCAAAGAUGAGCAGCAGUAUAGUGCAAACGGUAACGUGGAGGACGGCCAUAUGGAUAAGCAGCCCGAAGAAGUGAGCAACGAUAGGAAUGAGAAGCCCCAUGAAGUGAGCAACGAUGCUGAGGUUACCCCGGUUGGGGACCCCGGUGAAGGUGCCGCUAAGGAUGCAAACGGUCAGAGCGUUGGUAAGGAUGGCGGUCAAAACGGCGAAAAGUGCCCCAAGGUGGAUGCUUCCAGCGGAGCGGCUUCCCCCCCAGAGGGGGCAGCAGAGGGAGCAGCAGGAGCAGCCGCAACGGGAGCAAACCCCCCGAAGGGUAGCAAACGUGGGCAGCACGAAACGGAGCAGUUCCAACACAGCAACGACAUGCUGAAGAAGAUGAAUUUGUUCGAAUACAACUGCCAUUUGCACCCAUCCAUAUCGAAGGAGAAAUACAACGUCAGUCCCAUUUUCCCCCUGUGGGAUCAUCCCAAGGAUAGCAUAGACUACUGUUUGUCUACGUAUUUGUACUGGCUCUACCUGAGGAGAAGCACCAACAUUUUUCUCCAGAACACUUUGCUCAUACCGACUUGUAUGAGGAAGGACGAUCCCAGUGCGAGUGGAGGGGCGGGAGAUGCCGCAGGUGCGUCGUCUUCUGGUGCCAAUAAGGGGAAGAAGCCAAGGAGGGGGAAGAAGUUCAAAAAGGGAGCCACGAAAAGUGGUGCGGAAGUGGAGAAGAAGGAGAGGGUGGAGAAGGCGGAGGACCCCAAUUCAGCUGUAACAGUAAAGGAAGAAGAAACCUGCCGUGAUGUAGGCGACGCAGCAGGAGGUGACUCCCCCAGUAAGGACCUCGGCGUAGGUUCCCCUAGCAGCAGCGACCCGAGUGGAGACAAAAAGGGAGAUGAAAAUGCCAACAAUGGGAACAGCACCAACGAUUUGAGCCUCGAUGGAGUGCCUAGCGAGAAGGUCCACGUGAAGAACGAACUGCAGACGGAGGUGCCAGGAAGUGGUAGCAACGCUAGUAGCAGCAAAGUCGCUGUUGAUAAUUUGGAGGUCCCCGGGGCGACGGAAGCGAGUAGCAACGGCGAUGUGCAAGGCGGUAAGGGCAACAAUGGAAAGGGGUCAAACGAAGGAGAUGCCUCUCCAGCAGUGGGGGGUGAGCCCUCCAGCCAGGCUGCUGCCCAGGGGGUGGAGGCAACUGCCAAAGAAGCCGCCAUAGCCGCAAUAGCCGCAACAGCCGCAACGAAUGAGGAGGAUGACAGCGAAGUGGACGAAAACGGGUUCACCAAACUGCAGAAGAAAAAACUGGAAGAAGCCUUAGAGUAUGGAAUAGCGCAGGAAGUGAAGAAGCGCAAACAUGUGCAUAGGAACGAAACGGAUGACAGCGCACAGGAGGACGACUACAAUGAGGACGGUGAGGAAGAGGAAGAGGAGGAGGAUGACGAAGAGGAUGAAGAGGAGCCCGACGAGGAGGAAGGAAAGAAAAACGCUAACGUUACGGAGAAGGCGAACGGUGUGGAGAAAGCGCAGCAGGGGGACGAAGCUGAGGCCAAUGUAGGAGAGGCGGCGACUCCCAAUGGGGAAUACACCGCUGAUGUGGAAAACCCGGAGAAGGCGCAAGAAACGAAUGACCCGCAAGUGAGUGGUGCGGCGGAUGCGAAAAACCUCGAUGGAGGGGAAAACCAAGAACAAGCCGCGCCCUCCCCCAAAGCGGCAUUCCUAAAAGAAGGAGGAAAAAGAAUGAAGAAGACGAAAAAUAAAAGAGAGAAAGGCGAAAAUGCAGUUGGCAAAAGAAGGGGAGGAUAUAACCAUUUGAGCCAUCAAAAUAAUGAUGCCAAAAAUGAGGAAAAUGAAAAGGCACGAAAGGAGAACUACGUAAAUGUGUAUAUGGAGACACUCAAAAUUAAGGAUGAAUGUUAUAUAAAUAAUACAAACAAAUAUACCCUCUAUAAUUUUUUGAGGAGAAAACUUUUCCGGAUGGUAGAAUUCCAUUACUUGUUUACCCCCUCUGAUUAUGAGUACGGCUCCUUCAUCAUGAUGGGGUUCUUAAAUGAUAAUACAAGCACGUGCAUAGAGGUUAACCGAAUUUGUGAGGCCGGCAUUUUACUCUACUAUAAGAAUAGAUUAAUCAAACGGUUGGAUGCCCCCUUCAUAGACACUGCUUAUAAUUUAUCCCUUUCUAAGUACCCUCCGAAUCCAUCCCUAUACGAAGGCAAUCUGUAUAAGUACGCCCUCACAGUCAUUGUGAAUGUCCCCAAUUGGCUCAAACCCUCCAUUAGCAAGCAAGAAUUUGUGCAUGAAAAUAAUUAUGCCUUUCUCCUCUUUAAGAAGAAACUGGUGAGCCUUAUUAAGUACUACCUCUGCAUUUGUGAGGACACCGCCAAGCUCACCAAGUGGAGAGAAUCGAGAGACCUCAAAUUGAAGAGGUACCUAGAAAAUAUGCAGUACAGCAAUAGACCCUCCAAAAACGACUCCGAUAAUGAGUAUGAAAAGGCCUACAAAAUUAUGUACACCGAUAAGGAGAAGAACAGGAAUGACCAAGGGGAGGAGGGCCUUCCGCAUAAGGAGGAGGAGCCGCAGAGGAGGGACCGCGCCGCGGCACAGAUAGCCAAGGGUGCGGAGAGCAGGGCCCACGAGGGACGCAGAAGGAGGGAGUCCGCCAGUGCGGAAGCGGUAGAAGCGGCAGACGCGGCGGAAGAGGUAGACGCGGCGGAAGAGGCAGAUGCCUCCACGGGGGAUAAGCUCCAGGAGAGCGGCGCCAACUUAAAGGAGGAGGAGGAAGAAGAGGAGGAAGCCGCCGAGAAUGACGCGCCAGCCGAGGGGGAAGAAGCGGCGGAGGAGGUAGAAGAGGAGGAAGCGGCGGAGGAGGAAGCGGCCGAGGAGGUAGAAGAGGAGGAAGAAGAGGGCGAAGACGAUGAGGAGUACGUGCCGGAGGAGGACGAAGAGCAGAGGGACGCCGAUGCGGAGGAGGAGGACAACGAAGAGGAGGAUCAAAAUGAUGAGGAGGAGGAGGAGAACGCCGAGGAGGACCAAAAUGACGAAGUAGAGUACGUCGAGGAGGAGGAAGGCAAGGCGAGGAAAAAGCAAAAAGUGAGCCACGAAGAUGUGGACGACGAGGAGGAAGAAGAUGAGGAAGUGGAGGAGGAGGAAGAAGAGGAAGAGGUGGAAGAAGUAGACGAGGAGGAGGCCGAAAAGGAUGGCGAAGAAGAAGUCGAGGAAGAAGAGGAAGAAGUGGAGGAGGAAGAGGAGGAAGAGGAGGAAGAGGAGGAAGAGGAGAAGGAGGAAGAUGAGGAAGAGUACGACCCAGAGGAAGACGACGAAGAGCACAACGAAGUGGUUAAAGUUGUAGAUGACGAGGAGGAGCAGCAGGAGGAGGAAAACCUCGUCAACUGCCACGAAGACGGGAACGAAGUGGACGAGGAGAAUUACGCAGAUGAGUGGAGCAGCUAA